AUGGCUUCCUGCUGGUGGCCGGUGGAGGAGGCGAAGGCCGCAGUGGUGUUGGGAACAAAAUCGCAAGUACCGCCUGUUUCUCCUGAUCUGCUCUUUGCGUCGCAUGUCGCGGUGUCGCACACGGCCGGAUUUGGCUGCCUGCCUGUAGCGCUUAUCACUGACGAUCUGCGACCUAUCUUCCCACAGGCCCUCCUGAAUACGUCCAAACGCAAUGAGAUCUCCGAAGUAGUCGACAUCGAAUUAUCGCGCGACGAGGACUCCGUCACGUCCCUGGCCGCCGUACAUGCGAGCGAUGAAUCCAUUGUCGCCCUGGCCGGCAUCAACAGCUCCAUGGCGGAGCAGAAGCGCGACAACAACCAACAUCUCCGCUCGUUCCGGAUCGAUUACCCCCCUCGGAAACGGACCACCCCGACCAACGCAAUUGACGGCGCCUCGGAGUCACCAGCAGACAACCCAGCACCGGAGAAGCCCACCCCCGGAAAGACCACGCCGCUCUCUCGCGCGUCCCUCUUCCGAACCAAGGGGGACGAUAAGUCCCGCGGCAGCGGGGACACCUACCAGCGCAUCUUGCGCCUGUCACCGUGGAAGGACGCUGACACCCCGCGGGUCGCGGCCAUCGCGACGGGGCUGGCGCCCUCGGGCGAGAUUGUCUUCUUCCACGCCGUCACCACCCCCAGCGCGGCCGACGUCAUCGGGCGCAUCCGCCUGGACAGCGACGAGGAGGCCGAGGACGUGGAUAUCACGGACCUGGAGGAGCCGGGCCGGUUCCAGGUCGCCUACACGAACGGCGUCGAUGUGUUUACCUGCCAGAUCUCGUCGGAGACGCGAUCGAACGCUGCCCCAGACGUGAAACACGUAUACAGCGUCCCGCUGUCGGAGAAAGGCGGCCGCAAAACGAGACCCAAAUUCCGCGCCCUGCGCUUCCUCUCGCCGACGACGCUGCUGCUGCUCCAGAACGCCCCGGACCGCAAGGGCUGCGAGCUCGUCCUGCUCGAGCUGCACGACCCGACCCUAUCCCUCGACGAACACGCCCCCGCCGCCACCGUCCUCCGCCGCAAGAAGCUCCGCUCGUCCAUCAAGAUCGGCCUCGGCCUGGACGUGUGCAGCCUGGGCGCGAACCCGGCCGGCCAGCAGCAGACCGUCGUCGCGGUCUCCGGCAGCGACCAGUCCAUCGAGAUCCUCACGCUCGAGCACGACGCCCAGAAACGCCGCUACACCACGCCCCGGUCAUACACCACCCUCCGCGACGUGCACCCCUUCUCCAUGACCAAGCUCUGCUUCUCGCACUACACGCCCCCCGCCCUCCCCGUCUCCCCCGAGACCCCGCCCCAGUACAUCAAGCUCGCCUCCGUCAGCAUGGGCAACACCGUCGUCGUGCACACGUUCCCGCUGGCCCCCGUUCCGCCCGCCAGCCGCUCCCCGCGCUACACCCUCGUGCCCCUCCGCGACAUCGGCGUCUGGUCCAGCUUCUCCAGCGCCGCCGCCGCCGCCGCCUCCAUACUCUUCGUCUGUCUGCUGAUCCAGGCCUUUGCCGAGAUCAGAGGCGUCAUGCCCCCGCGUCUGGGUGUUACCGACCUCCUGCCCCCGGAUAUCCGCGAUGCCGUCGCCCGUCCGUACAUCGAGCCCGGCGUGCCCUCCUACCGCCCCGUCCAGCGGUCCCCGCCGUCUCCGUCUUCCUCGACUCCUGUCCCGGCCGUCCCGUCCGCGCUGCGCGACAUCCUCCACUCCCAACCACCCGCUGCCCCGUCCAGCAUUGUCGUGCGCUGCUCCCGCCCCGCCGCCGCCGACACGCCCGACGUCCGCGUCGAUGCGACCUCAUCCCCCGAAGGGGACGACGCCCUGCGGCGGUGGGAGGACCUCUCAGAGCAUGACCAGGCCGCGUGGAAGAAACUCCUCGCGGAUGCGGACCAUUGGGGUCUGGACGAUGACGAGGCCCAUCUCGACGGGGUGCGUUUUGGGGAGCGGUGUCCGCUGCGCGAGUAG